CAGUACAACACAGUGCUACGGACACUGGAACUGCGCACACACCAAACCGCCAUUUUUACUACAAUGGAGAGUUUUGUGGUUUUAAGUCUACUUAUAUCAGCUGCCUUCGCACAGAAUAUUUUCAAACAUUGUGACUAUGUGCAGCAUCUGGACUGUUCUACAUUCACCAAGGAAGAACUGUGUGCUAGCAACGGGAAGACUUACAGAGAGCAGUGCUCGUUAGCUGUGGACCAUUGCUUGGACAAGAGUAUCCACAAGGUUCAUAACGGGCCGUGCUCCACCCACCACCACACCACACCCGGGGCAAUCUUAGGGGGCACGACGGUGACCCUGGUGGAGAGCGUCUUCUGUAGGGCUCUUCAGCACAUUGACUGCUCGAAUCAUAAGAAGAACACUGUCUGCGACUCAAAUGGCGGCCGGCAUGAAAGCAUGUGUGUUUACGAAAAGGCCAAAUGUGAGAAUUCCGGCCUUCAUCUGAAAGAAUGUUGAAAAAUGAAAGUCUUCAGUGGACAGAGGCUCUCUGUGAAGAAAAUAAGUAGCGUCUUAGAGGAAAUACAAAUAUCCCCACCGAAAGCAAUUUUCCAUUGUGAUCUAAUCCACUGGUGCUGGUAUGAGCAUCAUGAGUGAUUGAGGGCCAAUCUUGUCGUGCAUUUCGUGUUUCUCGCGUAUAAUCUGUAACUGUUUGAUUGUUCUUCGGUACAAAUCUGUCUUAAUAUCUGAAUUCAUUCCUGUCUAUCUAUGCACUGUCACAAUUGAUUUCACUACUUCAAAAAAUGUCAUCGAACCCUUCUUGUUUA